CUGGGUCGGCCACGUGACCGCACGCCAUCUGACGUCAUUCGUGUGUAUGCGAGAUGGCGGCUCCAGGAGCUUCUCAGGCUCAGAGCAGCGGCGCUGGGGACGACGUGGCUUUCCAGACGUUUUAUACAGAGGUGAAGCAGAUAGAAAAGAGAGACUCAGUAUUGACCUCCAAACAGCAGAUAGAUAGGUUGCUUCGGCCUGGCUCGUCAUAUUUCAAUCUUAACCCGUUUGAGGUGCUACAGAUUGACCCUGAUGCAACAGAUGAAGAAUUAAAGAAAAGGUUUCGACAGUUGUCCAUCUUGGUCCACCCAGACAAGAACCAGGAUGAUCCAGACAGAGCACAGCAGGCUUUUGAAGCGGUUGAUAAAGCGUAUAAACUACUUUUGGAUGCUGAGCAGAAGAAGAGAAUCAUUGAUGUGAUCCAUGCAGGAAAAGAAUACGUGGAACAUAUGAUGAGUCAGAAGAAGAAGCAGUUGAAAAAGGAUGGGAAGCCCACGUUUAUAGAGGAGGACGAUCCUGAAGUGUUCAGACAAGCUGUUUACAAACAAACCAUGAAACUUUUUGCUGAGCUGGAGAUUAAGAGGAAGGAGCGAGAAGCCAAGGAGAUGCAUGAAAGGAAAAGACAGAGAGAAGAGGAGAUUGAAACACAAGAGAGAGCCAAACGAGAGAGAGAGUGGCAGAAGAACUUUGAGGAAACGAGGGAUGGACGUGUGGACAGCUGGAGGAACUUCCAGGCCAAAGGCAAAACCAAGAAAGAGAAAAAGAACAGGACGUUCCUCAAGCCUCCAAAGGUCAAAAUGGAGCAGAGAGAGUGACAAUGAUGUGGAGAAAAUUGAGAGAAGGAAGGCCAGACCCUCUAAUGCCGCCAUCCCUGACCUUUCCUGUUUCAUUCUUCCUCUCCAGGCCUGUUUAGCUUGCUAUUAAAGGAAUGGUUCAUGGAAAAAAUCAAAUCUAGUUUUCCCUGGUACCCCAAGUGUAGUCAAUCAACCAAGACAAAAGUUUUUUUUUUUCUUGCCAGUGAACCAUUCUUUUAAGUAUAGUAGGCCUGCAGUUCAGGAAUACAAAUCACUCAGCAGGUGGCGCUAUGGAGCAAAGUUUUUUUUUUUUUUUUCUUCCUCUCCUUUUUUCAUAUGCCAGAAGAGAAGGGUAGUACAACUGGUCAUUGGGCACUGUUUAACAUUGUUCAUCACAGUAAAUUAACCCACAUAGCAGCUGCACCUCAAACAGGCCUGUAAUGUGUCUAGGGUUUUUUGUUAAUGUACAUAUUUGUGAAAAAUUGUGAAAGACUUUGACAUACAUUGUGCACAUCGGAAAGCUAGUAAAAAUGAUUCUUCAUUUUUUUUUUUUUUUUUUUUUUUUUCCCAGUUUUUACCCCAUUUACCGAAAAUAAAAUUUGUUUGUAGCUUAUAUUAGAAUUAAAGCUUGUUUUUAUGUAUAGUUUAAUGUGCUUUUUUGUUCAAAUAAGUGUCUCAAAUUCACUCAGAAAACCUGCCUGUCCAGCGUUAAUGUCGUUUUGGUCAGUUUGACUGUUCUCUUGCUGUUUUCUUAGGCUGCAUUUGCUAUAAGCAGAAGUGUGGCUAAACUCUACCAUUGCAAAUUGCAUUUUAUUGCAAUAUUUAAAAAAAAUGAGAAAAGGUUUAUGAUAAUUUCACUCAUUUGGAGUGAGGCUAGAUUUAAGAUGGGUGAGUUUUAGCUUGAGCAUGUGCACUUGUAGUGAAGACCAAUUUGCAUUAGCAGCUCAUGCUUCAGUGCUCUGGGAGAGUUUAUAGUGGUGUGUGUUUAACACUUCAUGACUGAGAGCUGCUACAGCAACUUCUUCACCCACAGCAGCCAUGACUUUAAUCCCCAUCGUCAUCUGGACACUGGUCGUGUGUGCUCAAGAUGGUCAAGCGACUGUAACUCAGACUCCUGCAGUGAAAUCUGCUCUCCCAGGAGACACAGUGACUAUCAGCUGUAAAACCAGCCGUCCAGUCCAUCGGUACAGUGAAGGGGUUGAAGGGCUAUACUGGCACGUGCAGAAACCUGGAGAGUCUCCCAAAGCCUUGAUCAAACAUGCAAAAGUACUGGUAUCAGAUACUCCAGCUCGUUUCAGUGGCAGUGGGUCUACAUCUGACUUCACCCUGACCAUCAGCGGAGUCCAGCCUGAAGACGCUGGAGAUUAUUACUGUCAGACGUAUCAGAGUGGUACAGUGUCCACGCAGUGAUAUAGAGACAUACAAAAACCUCCCUCAGACUGUACAGAGGCUACAGUGGGACCUGCUGCAGGUGUUGAGUAGAGGAUGUGAAACCACACAUCGCACAGAAUAACUGUUGAGAGAGAACACACCACAUUAACUCACUGCUGAAAAUAGAAAUCUCUGAAUAACUGCACUGUGCAAAACAACUGGGGACACCUUGCUGCCCUGUUGAGAUUUCAGAUUUUUUAUAUCAUUUUAAAAGUAAAAAUACUGGCAUGUUUUUAAUACAGUAAUCGACUGUUUUGUCCAGUUGAUAAAAAAGGUUCAAAUCAAAAGAAGCCAACUUAAAACAGCUAAUAUGUGUAGAUUGAUUGCAUUAAGAAGCGUUUUUUGUGUGAUGUUGCCAAAUCCCCACUUUAAGUGGGUAAAAUGUGGGUAAAAAGCAAGGUACAUGCUUGGUGUACCUUGGACAUACACUGUUAGAAAUAAAGAUUCUGUCCAGGUACA